AUGGCAAACCUACCGUCAGCUCAGGGAAUGAAUAUCGAGAUUGAUGAUGAUACCGACUGGACUGACGAUGACUCUGUGUUUGGAGGAUCGCCCAAGCCUCUAUCUUCAGCUGAGAACGGUCGACGAUACCAGGCCUACAGGCAGGGUGAAUAUGUCCUUCCCAAUGAUGAGGGAGAGCAAGCGCACAUGAGUCUUGACCAUUAUAUCCAACAACUGGUCCUCGGCGGUACCAUCUUCUGCGCCCCCAUUUCGCCGAAUCCGCGGCGUAUUCUCGAUCUGGGGACUGGGACGGGGCUCUGGGCGAUUGACAUGGCGAAGAACCGACUUGAGUCCGAUUCAGCCUGCGUGGUGUUAAGACAAGAAAACCUCUUUAUGGUCCCUCCCAACUGCCAACUCGAACUAGACGACUUCGAGUCGCAGUGGUGCUUCUCGAAGCCCUUCGACUUCAUCCAUGGCCGCAGUCUCGCUGGCUCGAUCACGGAUCACGACCGUUUCCUGCGACAAUGUCUCGACAACCUCGCGCCUGGCGGCUUGCUGGAGCUGUGCGACUUUAGCGUCUGGCCGUACGCCGACGACGACACGAUCCACAAGGCGAAGCACAGCCUCGAAUGGGUGAAACGGCUCGACGAGGCGAGCUCCAAGUUCGGCAAGCGGAUGAACGUGGCGCAGCACUAUAAAGGCUGGUUAAGUCAGGCUGGAUUUGUCAAUGUCAAAGAGGAUGUCUACAAGGCCCCCGUCGCCCCCUGGCCCAAGGACCCAAAGCUGAAGGAACUGGGUCGGCACGUGCAGACGACGGUGCUGGAGGCUCCAGAUGCCUACAGCCCUGGCGCUGCUCUCCCGCGUGCUGGGGUGGAGUCUGGAACGCAUCGAGGCGUUGCUGGCCGGGUUCCGACAGGAGAUUUUCGACCCGACGCUUCAUACCUACAUGAAAUUGUAUUAUGUGUAUGGUCAGAAGCCGGAGACGAGCUGAAUCGACAGACGAUGUCGGAUGAUGUGAUCUGA